CUGCACAUUCACUGCUAAAAUGACAGCACACUUUGUUGUUGAUUAGACGCAAAGACUUCUGGGUUCUGUAGUUUCAAAAGCCAUCUGGGACUGACGUUGAAAUACAUCAUGGACUACAAUCCCCGGAAUGCCUUGCGAGUAGCGGGGGGUUCCCGGUACAAUGGCGGGGGAAAUGGAUGAAAACAUUCCAGUGUACGAGGUGACAAAUGUGAACACCAAGAAGAUACACGUGGGCUCCUUUGGUCACCUAUGGAGACAGACCCUGAGUAACUGCGACCUGAGUCUGGCGGAGGAGCCCUGUGUGGACGUGGGGGAAGACGAGCUGGCGGCGGAGCUGGGCUGUACGGCGGGCAUUGCCGCGGAGCUGAAGAGCCUGUGCAGCGUGGAUUCACUAAAAAGUAAUGAGGAUGGAGAGGAAGCUGAUCCAGAGAUAAUUCCUGAAGAUAGCUGCCUAGUGACGUUAAGUAUUCGGAAGAAAAUCAUUGAGAGACGUAAGCACUUGCUAAUUGACCGGGCAUUCCGACAGGAGACAUUUCGAUAUGAAAUGGAGUCUCGUGGAAUAGGGACAAGACCAGAAGAUCCUUCCUUCAUGGUUGAUGAGGGGGAUCUGGUGCUAACGCUGAACAUUUUAUAUCCUAUAAUUUUUCAUAAGCACAAAAUGUACAAGCCCUAUGAGACAGUUCUGGUGCUAGGUAGCCAGAGGCUGACAGAGCUUCGAGAUGCCAUUAAGUGUGUCAGUGACUUACAGAUUGGAGGAGAAUUCAGCAACAAUCCAGACCUGGCGCCUGAAAAUGUUUGUAAGGAUCUCUUCAAAUCAGCUUUCUUCUAUUUUGAAGGAACUUUUUACAAUGAUAUGAGAUAUCCAGAAUGUAGAGAUAUAAGCAGAACCACAAUCGAAUGGUCUGAAUCCCGUGAUAGAGGCUAUGGGAAAUUCCAGUCGGCCAAGAUGGAAGACUUUACCUUUAAUGACCUUCAUAUAAAAAUUGGCUUUCCUUACUUGUACUGCCAUCAAGGAGAUUGUGAGCACAUUGUUACAUUCACAGAUAUAAGGUUGAUACAUCAUGAAGACUGUUUAGAUAGAAGACUUUAUCCGCUGCACAUCCGAAAACAUUGGUUUUGUACAAGAAAGUGCAGUGUGUGUAACCUGUAUGUUGCAAAGUGGGUAACAAACAAAGACAACCUUGCUCCAGAUGACCCUUGCUUUUUCUGUGAUGUUUGCUUCAGGAUGCUUCAUUAUGAUACAGAAGGCAAUAAACUUGGAGACUUUGUUGCAUAUGCUUAUGUUGACCCGGGAACAUUUAACUAAAAUUCAUAAUUUUCAAGACAAGUUUACCAGCUAUCAGAGGCCACUCUACAGCGGAGUUAUUGUUCAUUCCCUGUACAUGGCAUUCAUCUGUUAUUUAUUCAUUAAUGACAUGGAAUCUGCAGUCUAGUGUUAAACAAGGAACUGGAGGUUUCUGUUAAACUAUUGCACAUAGAUAUGCCCUUUAUUAAACAUUUCCUUACAUUUUGUCAUAAGGCCUUGUAAUGUUAUUUCUAUUACUGUACCCCUUGUUGGAAAGGAUAGCUUAUGUUAAAAUGAAAAUCCUUUCAUGAUUGAUAUAAGCCUUCAGAACCCUCCCACUUUCUGCCCUAAAGUUGGUCCAAAGAGCUCCUUUCCAUUUCUUUUGUCUUUUUUUCUUUAAUGAGGCUAUAAGUGAGGUCAAUUGGGCUCUGCUACUAUACUCCCAUAUCUUAUUUGAAUUGCUAUGCAUGAGAUAACGGUGAGGUGAUGUUUUCCCAGGCUCUCAAAAAUGUGCUCAAUAUUCCACCGACGGGCUGUCAUGCUGGCAUCAGAAAUGCAGUGUAGUCUUGCUGUUUUUCUAUCCCCUCUGUCUUUAGUCUGGCACCUACGACUUAGAACUGUUUGCUCUGAAGUUCUGUGAAAGUUUCAAAACUUUCUCUUAUUUAUGAAUUUUAAUAAUUCAUUAUAAUCCAAUUCAUUUCCCUGGUUCCAAUGGUAGGGAGCAAAAGUUGGAUUUUAAAA